GCGACUCAGCCCGGUUCGCUUGGUGUGUUUACUGUCAUUUCCACGUACACACCUACGCUCAGUGAUGAGGUUGAUAUUCAACCGGGAGAUCAAGUAGAAGUGCUCGUAGAAUACGAUGACGGUUGGUGUCAAGGUAUUAACCUAUCGCGGGGUCACGUUAAAGGUGUUUUCCCCAAGCACUGUGUAGACUAUGCAACCACUCCUUCCCACAAUGCCCCUCCACCCAACGAUGAAGCCGACCGCAUGAAACGAGUCAGCUCUAUGUACAUG